UAAGCCUGCUGAAUUUGUUUCAUCCAUCAACAGCUCGCGGAAUACCAGCCAACAGCUUCUCUCUCAGUGAAAACAUCGCUCGAGUUUCAAUAGAGGUGGAGGGGAGGAUUGCUUCUUCGAGAAAUAAAAUCACGAGGGUUUUCUCUUCCUAACCAUCUCUCUCUUCGUCCGAGCAGAUCAGCCAAACUCGUUGGCAAGUCUCGCUGGUCUGUCUCCCCACUUCCGCGCCCUCUGCGUGGUCACUCCUGGUCGUAACACCCAUCGCUUUUUGGAAAUACUACUUCACAAACUCUCACAGGACGCGCUGUCCACACUCACUUCCCGGUUCGAAUAACAUUGACACCCCAGCGGGAUUUGAGAAUGGUAUUGCCCGACGAAUCUCCCCUAGUUCUAUCUCUUCACUGGUCAGACGGUGUCACAACAUGGCAGGACGGCGCAAACGGCCCAACGGAUGACAUGCUAGAUACAACACCAGAGGCCAAUGGCGAUCAAGAUUACUUUCGUCCUGUAGAACGCUAUAGCCCUAAGGAGAUCCAGUGGCUUCAGAAGUUAGCAAUGUGGCUAAUAGAAACUCAAGAUCCGGAGCUCUUCAAGGGAAGAAAGUUUGUUUUGGCUGAACUACCAGCUGGCUACCGGCUCUAUGAACAUGUUAGAGUGCCAGGAGCUAACUCGUCAAUAAAAGCGCGUACAGACACAUACCUCUACGGCCACCCUAAAGGUCCUCGAAAACGCUACAGAUCGAUUACAGAAUUUAGACAGCAUUUUCUAUGGCUGGCCUCCGACACGAACAGGAACCCCAAGAAUUGCGAGUGUAGGAUUUGCUGUGGGAAGAGUGAGGUUACGGCAGAGCCAAUUGUGGAUACCCCUGCUCAAACCUCGGCCAUAAGCACGAGGGGCGCUGCCGCCAAAGAGCGAGCUGCUGUCGCUGCGCAAAAUGCAUCCCCUAGAGCGAAGGUUGCCAGGAGAACUGCUACAAAUACAGCUCUGGCUGUGGCAUCCCCAGCUCCGACAGCUCCUCGCCGAUCAACGGCCACAACAGUGAACACUCGCUCGAGUAGCUCUACACCUGCCCCUGCCCUCCCAACCGCUGCACCAUUUCAUCCACACCAUAUGUCUUCUUCACACACCACUCUGGAACGUGCACUUGACGCCGCUCCAGGGAAAAACAUUUUUCGCCCUGGUGAGUUGGUCUGGUGCCACUGUACGGAGGCUUGGUCUUUGGGCGUUAUAGUAGCUCGACCCGACCCCGAGUCGCUUGGUUAUACUGUCCAAGUUUUAAAGUCUCCAUUAGAAGCUGAGAUGUCAAGACCUUAUCCCGGGAUUACGCUCAGAGGAUUAAGGCCCUGGCUUGCUUGGAGCACUCCCGAAAUCACAAUACCAUCCUUGCGCACUAGCAUGGAUUUUGAAUCCAUAAACUGGGACCAGUUUCGAGAUGUUCGUGGUCUUGAAGUUGAUGCUAGCAUUUUAAAGUCUAGGGAUAUUGAUACGUCUUAUUGCUUAGUUGAUAAGAUCGACUACCCCCAUGCCAAUUUCUAUGCCGGCGUCUUCUACGGGGCCGAGAAGAUCUGGAUGGGAGAGAUUGUCAGGCUGAAAAGACAUGCUGUCCCUCAAGCGAACCUAACGGGUCUCGAAAUCAUGAUAGUAGUGAGCAUUCAAGACCAUCGAAAACAGCCCCCGAACAAGACCAGAACCUUUAGCACGGACAUAACAGUCAUGGGUGAUAUCUACGAAUUCGUCACUUACCCAUUCCCCACCUCGCCGCCUCCACAAAUCCCCCAGUGGCUCCCGCCAAGGCUAAUCAACGAAACAAAACUUAAGAACAAAGUCACUUCGCGCGCCUCCAGCAACCCAACAGUGGGAACCUGGCGCUGCAUUCAAAACGGGUAUUCGGUAAAACUGGAGGACAUCAAGGGGAGAUGGUACGAGUCUUCAAUCCUCAUACCAGAACUCAAAGGCAUCCAGAAAUUCACCCAGAAUGUGCAAGGCGGGAAAUGGGAUGAAUUAGCAACUCAGAUGAACGAGAUGGGAAAUGCAGGACAGGCUCCCGCUCGUGGGUGGCUGUGGAGCGCUAGACGGGAUGAGGUUCUUACAAAAGCCGUUCCCAGAGGCUUCGCUCUCGAGAAGGAUUCUGCCAUGAAUAGUCAGGGCGCGCAGCCCGGAUUUGCGGUUCAGAUUUCGAUACAGCAGGCACAACAGCAGCCUCCAGCUGUAGCGGCCCCAGCAGAAAUGGUGGACUUGACCGGUGAAGAAGACGACUACGUGCCUCAGGAGGACCAACAGCCCAGUGAUGAUGAAGCACUCACGAGGCAGAUGGAAGCGGAUGUCGCAAGCUUUUUUAGAACGGAACCUGUGGAUUCAUUUUACGGUAGUUUGUAGAGGGUAGUGAAAUAUCUGACCUCUUUUCCCUCCUUUUUUUUUUUUUUUUGCAAUUUUACAAUAUUCUCGUUACAGCACGAGACCUAUCUCUACAUGUUUGAACGUUUUCGGGUGAUUUUAAAACUCUUACCCCCAUUUGUAUUAUCAUACCACACCCUUUUCCCUCCCCAUCCCCUUUCCCUUUUUGAAUCACUAUACUACCUUUUUUUCUCCCUUUAUUACCUUGCCACCUUGGGAGUUUUGGCAUCAAAUUAAAAGCAUGCGGUAUGAUUUGAGAGAUAUAUUUCACUAGCGUUUUAUUCCAUUGGGGCUCAAUUGCUUCUUUCGUUCCUUUCUCCCUUUAUUUCUUUUUUGCUCAUGGGAACGGAUUUUCAAGAGUUACCAGGACGUUAAAGUUAAUAGAUGACGAGCCCAAAGUGCCUGAUUUAAGCUCGAUUUUCCCCAC